AUGAGAGAUUUCAAACAGGGACAACGCCUUGAGGCGGAGGAUGUAGUUGAAUUCCAACCUUUUGUGCCCGCCGUCACAACCGUUGAAAUACCCAAGCAUUUACAGACAAUGGCAUUGGACGCCUUUUCAGGCGAUUAUGAUCCUAUGGAGCAUUUAAGGUACUUCAACACCAAAAUGGUUAUUGGUGGGGCGACGAAUGAGGUGAAGUGCAGGUUGUUACCCUCAACAUUUAAAGGGAUGGUGAUGCAGUGGUUUAUUAGACAGCCACCUUUCUCAAUUGCCAAUUUCACUGAUUUGUCCACUAAAUUCUUAACUCAAUUCUCAGCUAGCAAAACAACAAAGGAAACUAUGUUUGAUCUCACCAGUAUACACCAACAACCAGGGGAAAAGCUUAAGACAUACAUGGCGCGAUUCAGCAAGAUGGUUGUUCAAUUGGAACAAGAUAGUCCAGAUGUGUGUCUGGCGUCUUUCAAAAAUGGGCUCCGGGCGGGAGAUUUGAAUCGAGAUUUAACAAGGCGCCCUGCACGUGAUAUGAUGGAUCUCCGUGCCAGAGUUCAGGAAUUUAUUUUGAUAGAGCAAGAUGAUCAAAGAAAGCAAGAAAGAGAAGAUGGGAAGAAAGAUACCCAGCCAGGCGCGGCAUCACAAGAAAAGCCUAAGGCUGGGAAAGAUACAAGGUUAGCCCAGACCCCACGCUUACCAAGACCUGGCCCAUAUCACAACACAAAACUAGGAUUCCAAAGCAACACUUGGCAUAGGAAUACACAAGGAGUUUCCCCAAAUCAGUCUGCUCAGCCAGCCACCGCGCCAAAUGUGGCGCUACUCACCAAAUUGAAUGCACCCUUGAGCACAAUAUUGAGGGUUGUGGGUCAGACGAAUGUUGUGCAAUAUCCACCGCCACCUCGGCGACCACCAUCUAAUGUCGAUACAAACAGAUGGUGCGAAUUCCACAAAGCCUUAGGGCACACAACUGAUAAAUGUUGGACUUUGAGGCGUGAGAUCGAUCGGUUGAUUAAGGCGGGACAUUUGACAAAUUUUGUCAAAGAUGCUGCCGCGCAAGAAUCCACCAAGGUAACUCAGGCUGAUAAAGGAAAAGGAAAGGAGGUGGUGGAAGAGUUGGGCGAUCCUGUAGGCGAAUGCGCGUCAAUCGCGGGCGGAUUUCGAGGUGGCGUGAUUUCUAGUAAGGCCAGAAAGAGGUAUGUGGACGCGGUAAAUUCCGUGCACGAGGCAUAUGAGGGCGAAUGUUGGUUGAAUCACUCUCCCAUUACAUUUACUCCUCAAGAUUUUGCUCAUGUAAUCCCACAUGACAAUGAUCCAAUUGUGGUUACAAUCAUAGUCAACAAUUAUAAAACAAGGAAGGUGUUUUUAGACCAAGGAUCCUCGGCUGACAUUAUUUAUGGUGACGCAUUUGAUCGCCUAGGUCUAAAAGAAUCAGAUUUGAAGCCAUACAAAGGAACUCUGGUGGGGUUCACAGGUGAUCGUGUCAACGUACGAGGCUAUGUGGAGAUACCAACCACUUUCGGCGAAGGAGAAUUCGUCAAGAAAUUCCAAGUCAAAUACUUGGUACUCGCUUGUAGGGCGAAUUAUAACGCACUCUUGGGGCGGGAUACCCUCAACAAGUUAUGGGCUGUGAUUUCCACCCCCAUUUAA